CCGCCACCUCUCCCGUCACGUGACCACGCGGGGCGGAAAGAGGAAAUCCGAGGACCCGGCGACGCCCAGAACAGACAACGAAUGUUUUCAUAGCCUGUGCCACUUCUAUAACCACCUGAUGGGUUCCUGCAGCACAAACAAAAUCAGUUCAUGGAGAACAUGGCGUUACAGUCAAGAAAGAGUUUAAUUGACACAAGGCUGGCCACACCACGUGGGAGUUGGUAUUAUUAGUCAGUCUCCUGGAAGGCUCAGAGAUUAGAGAUAUACAGAUACCAUUGUGCUACAGUUGCCUCCAGUGUUCUGUACAGCCACACGUGGUGCAGGUUGAUAGCCUGCGAACAAUAGGCUCCACCAUACAGCACCAGGGCUGCAGUAGGCUGUGCCAUCUAGGUUUGUGAGCCCAUGAUGCUGCCCAAACCUGGGACCUAUUACCUCCCCUGGGAGGUCAGUGCAGGCCAAGUUCCUGAUGGGGGCACACUGAGAACAUUUGGCAGGUUGUGCCUCUAUGACAUGAUCCAGUCCAGAGUAACACUGAUGGCUCAGCACGGAUCUGAUCAACACCAGGUUCUUGUCUGUACCAAGUUGGUGGAGCCCUUCCACGCCCAGGUGGGCUCCCUGUACAUUGUCCUUGGGGAGCUCCAGCACCAGCAGGACGGAGGCUCCCUGGUGAAGGCGCGCGUGCUGACCUGCGUGGAGGGGAUGAACCUGCCCUUGUUGGAACAAGCCAUCCGGGAGCAGAGGCUGUAUCAGCAGGAGCGAGGCGGCGGCCAGUAGGAAACAGCAGCCCAGCAACACCCCCACCUGCUUCCAAGGCCAAACCCUCUGGAGCUGCGGGAGCCCCAGAGAGCGCAGACGCCUCCCCAGCGACAGCCUUGUCUGGAGCCGAAAGCAGAGGGGCGGAUGGUGAAUCCAGCCCCUUCCCCUACUUUGGGAUUAGCUCAUCAAUGAGAGCCCAGAAAGCAUGCCGUAAAUCCGACAGCCCCACCCGGGGAGACUGCAGGUGGCUGAGCUCGGGUGCCAGCCCGUGCUUGGUGUGGGGCCAUGGAGGGUUCCAGAAGGUCCUAGUGAAUAAAGGCCCAAGGGGCGUGCCCUCGA